UAUGCACCAUCCUUCCCCAACCUUGUUCUACUAGGAUUGCAAUAUAAAUUGGAAAACCCCUUUUCUUCUUCUUCGUCUUCGUCUUGCUUCCCAGUUCAAACACUCUGAACUUUUUCACUGUUCUGAAUCACCGUGUUCUCUAUUAAUCAAUCACAUAGUCUUCGUCUGAAUGAACUGAACACCAAUUCAAUCACCGUCUUUCUUUCGGGAACCUAAAUCCUCCAACAAUGGCGGUUUCCGAAGAAGAAUGCUCUUCCACCAAGCCCGGUCCAUCUUCCUCUUCUUCUUCCACCUCUCGCUACUACCUCUCAAAGUCCCUCCUCCGACCAGGCGCCAUUCUCCACGUCCUCUACGCUCAUAUCCGCUCUCCCUCCUCCAACGACAUCGUUUUCGCCAAGGAGACAUCUAUAGAGUUGGUGGUUAUUGGUGAGGAUGGGAAUGUUCUAACUCUCAGUGAUCAGCCUGUUUUUGGCACCAUUAAAGAUCUUGCUGUAUUGCCCUGGAAUGACAAAUUCCGCGGUGCCCGUGAUCCCAAGAUGUGGGGUAAAGACCUUUUGGUUGCUCUAUCUGAUUCCGGGAAGCUGUCCGUGCUCACAUUUUGCAAUGAAAUGCACAGGUUUUUUCCUACAACACAUGUUCAGCUAUCCAAUCCUGGAAACAUUAGGGAUGUUCCGGGAAGAAUGCUAGCAGUUGAUUCCAGUGGUUGUUUUAUUGCUGCCAGUGCAUAUGAAGGUCGUCUGGCUCUGUUUUCAAUGUCAAUGACUGGCAAUGAUAUCAUUGAUGAGAGAAUAAUGUAUCCUUUGGAAGGUGAAGGGACUGCAAGUAGUUCCAGAAGCAUCCAGAAAACCAGUAUACAUGGUGCUAUUUGGAGUAUGUGUUUUAUUUCUCAAGAUUCCAGACAACUAAGCAAGGAGCAUAAUCCUGUACUAGCUGUUAUUAUAAAUAGGAAGGGAGAAUAUGAAUUGCAAUUAUUGGAAUGGAAUGUUAAAGCCCAGACAAUCUUUGUUAUUUCUUCAAAUGUUGAAGCUGGGCCUUUAGCACUUAACAUUGUUGAAGUUCCUAACUCUCAGGGACUCGCACUUCUAUUCAGGGAUGGUGAUGUUCUCUUAAUGGAUUUUAAAGAUCCUCACAAUCCAUGUUGUGUCUACAAGACUAGCUUACACUUUUUACCUAGUGCCACGGAAGAGCAAACUUUCAUGGAAGAUUCUUGUAAAUUACACGAUGUGGAUGAUGAACGCUUUAGUGUAGCUGCCUGUGCUUUGUUGCAGCUGAGUGAUUAUGAUCCUAUGUGCAUCGACAGUGACAAUGACGGCACUAAUACAGGUCACAAGCAUGUAUGCUCUUGGAGUUGGGAACCUGAAAAUAAUAGAGAUCCAAGGAUGAUCUUUUGUGUAGAUACUGGAGAACUUUUUAUGAUCGAAAUUUUUUCUGAUGCUGAUGGGCCGAAAAUUAGUCUCUCUGAGUGUUUGUAUAAAGGCCUACCUUGUAACGCACUUUUGUGGGUUGAAGGUGGAUAUCUAGCUGCUUUUGUAGAUAUGGCAGAUGGCAUGGUCCUGAAAUUGAAAGAUGGAAGGCUUUGCUAUACAAACCCUAUUCAAAACAUUGCACCAAUCUUGGAUGUGGCAGUUGUGGAUUAUCAUGAUGAGAAGCAUGACCAAAUGGUUGCUUGCUGUGGUGUGGCACCUGAGGGGUCAUUAAGGAUUAUUCAAAGUGGUAUCAAUGCAGAAAAGCUACUUAGGACCCCUUCUAUAUAUGAGGGGAUAUCUGGCACUUGGACUGUUCGAAUGAAAGUUACUGAUUCAUAUCAUUCUUUUCUAGUUUUAUCAUUUCUUGCGGAGACUAGAAUCUUGUCAGUUGGCUUAAGUUUUACUGAUGUGACUGAUUCUGUUGGUUUCCAACCUAAUGUCUGUACUUUGGCAUGUGGCCUUGUGAGUGAUGGUUUGCUGGUUCAGAUCUGCCAAUCUUCUGUUAAGCUUUGUUUGCCUACAAAGGCCGCUCAUUCUGAAGGUAUCCCUUUGUCCUCUCCCAUUUGCACAUCUUGGUCCCCUAACAAUUUGAAUAUCAGCUUGGGGGUAGUUGGGCAUGGUUUCAUAGUUGUAUCAACCUCUAACCCAUGCUUCUUAUUCAUCCUUGGGGUUAGAUUGCUAUCAACUUAUCAAUAUGAAAUUUAUGAAAUGCAACAUUUGGGACUGCUGAACGAAUUAUCAUGCAUUUCCAUCCCUACACAAAAAAAUGAGAAAACAGAAUCAAAUUCAACCAUUUCAGCAAAUAAUAGCUGCAUUCCUUCGUUUCUAAGUGGAGUGGAUGUCAAUAAAACCUUUGUUAUUGGCACACAUAGGCCUUCCGUGGAAAUUUGGUCUUUUGCACCAGAUGGAGGAGUUAAAGUAGUUGCUUGUGGGACAAUUUCGUUAACAAAUACAACGGGGACUGCUAUAGAUUUCUGUGUACCUCAAGAUGUACGGCUUGUAUUUGUUGAUAAGUAUUAUGUUCUAGCUGGACUGAGGAAUGGAAUGCUCCUUCGCUUUGAAUGGCCAGCAGAACCAUCUCCUACAUCACCAAUAAAUGUGGUGGACACUGCUUUAUCUUCCAUAAAUUUAGUAAAUUCUGCGACCACGGCUUUUGAGAAGAGAAAUGACCUUCCUUCCACACUGCAAUUGAUUGCCAUUCGUCGCAUUGGUGUUACUCCAGUUUUCUUGGUGCCCUUGAAUGACACACUUGAUGCUGAUAUAAUUGCUUUAAGUGAUAGGCCUUGGUUGUUGCAUAGUGCAAGACAUAGCCUUUCCUAUACUUCUAUCUCAUUUCAACCAUCCUCACACGUGACUCCUGUAUGCUCUCUUGAGUGUCCGAGAGGAAUUUUAUUUGUUGCAGAAGACAGUUUACAUCUGGUGGAGAUGGUCCACAGCAAGAGACUUAAUAUGUGGAAGUUUAAUUUAGAGGGGACUCCACGGAAGGUCUUGUAUCACAACGAAAGCCGGAUGUUGCUUGUGAUGAGGACUGAAUUGGAUUGUGGUACAUGUUUGUCUGACAUAAGUUGUGUGGACCCCCUAAGCUGGUCAGUAGUGUCUUCUUUCAGACUUGAACCUGGAGAAACAGGAAAGUCCAUGGAAUUAGUCAGGUUUGGAAGUGAGCAAGUUCUUGUGGUUGGAACUAGUAUGUCUUCUGGUCCAGCCAUAAUGCCCAGUGGUGAAGCUGAGAGUGCUAAAGGUCGUCUUCUGGUUCUCUGUCUUGAUCAUGUGCAAAAUUCAGAUAGUGGUUCAAUGACAUUCUGUUCAAAAGCAGAGUCAUCAUCUCAAAAAACUUCACCUUUCCAUGAAAUUGUUGCAUAUGCUCCUGAACAGCUAUCAUGCAGUAGCCUUGGCAGCAGCCCUGAUGAUAAUAGUUCGGAUGGCAUCAAACUUGAUGAAAAUGAAGUAUGGCAGUUCCGUUUGGCUUAUGCAACUACCUGGCCGGGAAUGGUACUUGCGAUCUUUCCUUAUCUUGAUCGUUACUUCUUGGCAUCUGCUGGCAAUGUUUUCUAUGUUUGUGGUUUCCCAAAUGACACUCCUCGGAGAGUGAGAAGGUAUGCUAUGGGAAAGACGCGCUUCAUGAUUACAUCUUUGACUGCACAUUUUACUAGAAUUGCAGUUGGUGAUUGUCGUGAUGGUAUCCUGUUCUUUUCUUACCAUGAGGAAGGAAAAAAGUUGGAGCAACUUUAUUGUGACCCAUCAGUGAGGUUGGUUGCUGAUUGCAUUCUCAUGGAUGAUAAUACCGCUGUCGUUUCAGAUCGUAAAGGAAGCAUUGCUGUUUUAUCCUCAGACCAUUUGGAAGACAAUGCAAGUCCGGAGUGCAACUUGACACUAAGCUGUGCUUAUUUCAUGGCUGAAGUAGCUAUGAGCAUCCGGAAGGGCUCGUAUUCGUACAGACUUCCUCCGGCUUACGAUGUUUUACCAGGUGACAAUGGCCCUGGUGACACACUACGAAAUACUAUUAUUGCCAGUACUCUGUUAGGAAGCAUAAUGAUUUUCAUCCCUUUAUCAAGGGAAGAAUACGAGCUCCUAGAGGCUUUGCAAGCAAGACUUGUUCUCCAUCAUUUGACUGCGCCUGUUCUUGGAAAUGAUCAUAAUGAGUUUCGUAGCCGUGAAAAUCCAGUUGGAGUACCCAAGAUACUUGAUGGUGACAUGUUGACUCAGUUUCUAGAGUUAACAAGUAUGCAGCAAAAUACAAUAUUGUCUUCAGAGCUACCGGAUAAGGCAAAACCAAGCUUGAAGCCACUCCUGCCACCACAUGUUUCUGUUAAUCGGGUGGUUCAACUUCUUGAACGAGUUCAUUAUGCACUGAACUAAAAACACCGUUCUUUCCUAGUACAUCUUUUUUUAACAAAAGUACCUGGAAAGCAGAAUAUUGUCCAUGAAUGGUUGCCUGCCUCUGAAUGUGUUUUCUGAUAUGGAACAUGGAUCUAUGGUCAUCCCACCCUUAAAGUUAACAAUCAUGUGAAAAGGUACUGGUUGUGUAACAAUCUAAUGAUGUUGGCAAGUCUUGGACAACAGAGGCACAGGUAGCAAGAUGGUUGGGCGAGGUUACAACCAUCUUCUGAACCAGAUAGUUCUCUUGACCCUGUAUUUAUUGUUAUUUUCAGAAAUUAUAGUGUAGGAAAAGGUCUUUGGCACAAUAAAUUGUACAUUAGCAAAAUUCGUGAGAGGAGCAUUCUUUUUUUAUUUAUUUAUAAAAAGGUGUUGAAGUACUGUAACAAUAUUGUACAUUUAAUAAAAACGUUAUUUUUGUGA